AAAUAUAGCCAAUCAAAUCAAACUGAUUUUCACCACUUUUCGUUCGCUAAAUUCUUCCAGAUACAACUUUGCCACUGCCAAAACACGCCCGUCCUUCCUUUGGCCAGUCAGCAGAGAGCAAAGUAUACGUAAGACCAAUGAACGAUCAAGGGGCUGGAUCAAAAGUACUGUUGCUAGGGCAUGGCUUCAACCUUGUUACUAUCACUGACUAACCAAUCAUAUGACAUCGCGCAAUGUGUCAACAUCUUUCCUGUGAACUUCUCUCCUAAAGGCGUUCAUUGGAUACAACUGUUGUUAGGUUCCGCCUUCCAUAGUUUUCUAUUGUCCGAUUGGGAGAAGUAGCCAUCAAUCGAUCUCCAGAUUUUAGUUUACGUGCAGUCUGCUCUAAUUCUUGUUUGAGUCCCUACGACUUCGAAUUGAGGACCACUACCUUUUUUCCAGCGUCAUCAACAUUGUUUGUUUUAAUUUUAUUUUUUCGUCACUUAUUUUGCAUAAUUUGUGUAUAUACGUUUGUAUUUUUAUUUCUACAAAUCCACCAGGAUGGAACUUAAUUCUCUCCUUAUUCUUCUCGAGGCAGCAGAGUAUUUGGAAAGACGAGACAGAGAAGCUGAACACGGUUACGCAUCUGUUUUACCGUACGAUAGCGACUUCUCCAGAAAGAAAAGUAAAUCUUCGCCCAUUUCAAGAAAACCUCACAACAAUAGGUCAUCACAUAAUGAGCUGGAAAAACACAGACGUGCCAAACUGCGAUUGUACCUGGAACAGUUGAAACAGCUUGUGCCUUUGGGUCCUGAUAGCAACCGUCACACCACACUGAGCCUGCUCAAACGCGCCAAAAUGCACAUCAAGAAGCUGGAGGAACAGGACAGGAAGGCUGUAAACGUUAAAGAGCAACUGCAGAGAGAACAUCGCUUCCUUAAACGACGCCUGGAGCAGCUUUCUGUACAGGGCUUAGAGCGUAUUCGCACAGACAGCAUGGGCUCCACCAUCUCCACAGACUCUGAGCAAGAGGUGGACGUUGACAUUGAGGGGAUGGAAUUGACGCCAGGCGAAGGUGAUAGUGUGGACAGUGUUAGCGAUGGAGAAGACCACUACAGCCUGCAGAGCAGCUCCAGCGACGGAGGCCACAAUUCACAUUCCCACAGAUUACAGGCUCAUAUCUGCUAGGCUCUGCCAUAGCGCAACAGUGUUUGACCUCCAACGUGCACAUCAGCCUCUCCCAGCUGGCAGGAAACAACUGGCUGAACCUCUUCACGUGAUUUACACUCCCCAGAAGACUUUCUUUCCUCCCAGACCUUUCAUAAUGCCUUAUAUUAGACCACAACCCCCACCACACAGGAACACAUUGACAAGCAGUCUGCGGUCUUAGUGGGAACAUAUGUAGUGUGAUAAUAUCGUUUUGACUUGUCAUUUUGGGUGUGAGAAACUGUGGCUUUCUUCCACAACCUAGUGAGCUGUCUUGCUUUCUGCUCUUUACACAGGGAGCUACCUUUUAACUGUAAUGGGACGUCAAAAGUGACUUAACUGAUAUUCCCGGCAUAGGCAGCUUCUUGUUAUCGUUCGUUCGCGCAUAAAAGGAUGCCCAAUGGAAAAAAGAUUUUGCUGUUCGCUUUCAAAGCCACAAUAACAUAAGCAAAAAAGGUUGUUAGGGAUCAAUGAUUCUCUAAUAAGCAGAACAAACAGAUGAUUUGUCAUCAUCAACACUAUUCAGUACAAGAUACAAAAAUAUUUAUAUUGGACAAUUUUCUCUACUCAGUCCAUAUUAAAAAUGUAUUUAAAUAUUAUUAAAUUGUUUUGUGCAUUUACAUUGUAUUCAUAAUGGCUUUAAACCGAAUCUGAUCCUUUUGUGGUACUUAAAACUGAAGUAAGUGAAAGAACGUUAGGCCACUUCUAGAAUUCGAAAGAAUGACUAUGGUUAAUUGAAUAAUUUAAUGUUUACUAAAAGCGCUUAGCAGCAAUAGAUGCAAAAAAAGUUCAGUCUGAAUAUAUCACACAGAAUCUGUUUCCCUCCUUCAGUAGUAAAAGAUGUAGCAAAAAACAUGGAAAGCCUUGGCUUUCUUAUGCAAUGAAAUGAUUCUGGAUGAAACCUAAAAGACGUGGGAAGAUGAACAAACCUAUUCAUUUAAAUUCUCUCACGUGCUCCUGAAUUAAAAUACACUUUGCUUUGACCAUAAAGCACUUUGGUCUGAGUUAAAUUGCUUGGUGUGCGUGCGUGUGUGGCCAGCACUCAAAGAGACAAGUCAAAACUGUUCAUGUUACAGUGAAGGAGUGUGAAAAGCUCUUUGACAAGGUGUUGGUAGUGGAACAAAAUAUCAUUGCUUUUAAUCUUUUCCUUGUAAUUUUUAACUUUACAUGCAAUAACUUGAGAAGCACUCUAUUCAGGGUCUACAGCAGUAUAUUUGGAAUUCAGUGUGCAAUAUUCUGUAGCCCAAGAGAUUUCUUAGCUGGGGCUUCCAACACUUUACAAAGAGACCUAGUUUGCAAAAUGUGUUUGAUCGAUAAAAGCAAAGAAAAUACAAAAAACUAAUGUACAUUUGAAAAAAAACUUAAAGUGAUGUUAGCAAGUGGAGUCUAUAUUUUCUAUAUUCACUUUUGUAUUAUAUUUUCCUAAAUGUUCCUUGAUAAAAAAUAGAGAAGAGUAUAUAUAUAUAUAUAUAUAUAUAUAAAUAGUAUAAAUAUUUGAAAUGAUUGACUACAAGGCCAGGCUUGUUUUUUUUUGGAGGAACCCUGGCAUUUGUCCUAAAGAUCUUCCACUGUCAUGUUUUGCCUUGGCGACAUGUCAUAUCCCUGUUCCUACGCAUGUCUUCUUUACACAUCCCUCCAACCUUGGUCAGGUCCAAAUCUGCCAUCCUCAGGCCUCAGAAUAGUGAUGAAUUCCAACUCUUUAUUUUCUGAAAGCCUGAAGCCUUUUUGCCUGCCCUGCAAUCCAUGUGAUCCACGUCUAGAACACUGAUCAUCUCCUCUCAUGGCAGCUCAUCAGUGCAACUAUCAUCACCAGCUUAUUUCAUUGGAAUUUGCUUUUUGUUUUUGAAUAUCUGUCAUUCAAAUUUUUUGACAGUGUUUUGAAUUCCAAAUAAUGAAGUGGAAGACAUUGGGAUAAGAGCAUCAGAAUCAAUCAUUAAUGGCAGCUCAACACAACCUCGCUCCCCCCUGCUACCAACUGUUUCUGUUUAACUCUAAAGUGUGAUGGAGGUGAUCAUAGUAUUGGAACUUCUCCCUAUACGAGCUAAAAUACAGUAAUAUGAAUAUUUCUUUCAUUUUACAAGGUAUGUAACUGUAACAGCACUGAUUCGAUACUAUGGUGCAUAUUGUGACCGACUCAUUGCAUUUUGAUUUUAUUUUUGUAUUCAUUUGUACCUCUCCAUUGUUUUCAAACACUGAAAGAAUGGAGCAAAACUUUCUUAUCUACAUUUUCAUGAAGAGUUUACAUUUUUGUCAUGGAUAUACCUGACUGUUGUAGCAAAAAUAUUAUUUUCAAUGUGUACCAGUAUGUUGAUCAAGUGACAAAAAACCUCUUGCACAGAACCUCUCAUUAACAAGGUGUAGUUGGAAGUUAACAGAAUUUGAAUUGUGGUUUACGCUUGAGAUUUUAUAAAAUUAUGAGAUUUUAGCUUUCAUUGGCAUUAACUAAGGAAUAAAGUGCCUUGGCAUGUGAAGUCAAGAUAAAUGUCAGUUUCUUGUGUGAUGAAAAAAAUUCACUUGAGACGGACAAUUUAUUGGCUGCAGGGUUUUUGAAGGGUUUGAAACACUAAAAUGAUUUUAGAUGUGUGUUCUGUCACUUUGCAAACAGAAGAAAAAUAUGAUCAAGCAGUCCACAAACCACAGUCAGAUUAAGUCAAUGCAGAGGGAAAGCUGGGUGGGAAGAAGACAGGAGUUUGGCAGUACAUGCUAUUGAAAACAGGAUAGUGACCAAAAAUAGCAAUUUAAAAUAUUACUAUUACCAAUUGUAUACACAUAAAAGCACUAAAAGAACUGUUUAUAAAAAAAGUAAUGGAGAUAUUUUAUUUUACUUUUAUUUUUCUAACUGCACCAGAUUUUCGGAGGAAUAUGGUGUCAUUUUGGAUCUAGGCCUAUAUCUUUAGAUACUAGAUUUGUUAUCUAUAUUUUCUGAUCACUUUGCUUCUCCUCUGCUCCUUUUGUUGUGUUCAUGUAGCAUUUUGUUGACAGGUCAGCGAGUUUUUCAUAGCUUAGAGGACGCUUGCAUUUUGGCAUGAGUUAACCUUAAUGUUUGCGUGAAAAUUAGGAGUUUAUAACCUGCAGUGCUUGACUGAGAAGGGAGGGUUCUGUGCCAGAAACCUGUGAACAGAUUUCCUUUUAGAAAACAAGUAAUAUGCAUUCAAAUGUUGUUCAUAUUAUAAUAUUUUUACAUUGUGUGUGUCCCUAUGUGUACACGUAUUUACCCGGUGCUGGCUAUGUUUGAGCCCACACUUUAAGGUAUUAUGUAUUCUUGUAUUGUAAUAUAAAUAUUAAAAUGUUUUAUACAUA